CGGGCGCCAUGUUGAUGAAAGUCCUUGCUCCCCGACCCGGGUUCCGGAACUUAUCGAGGCGGCAAAUGCGCCUCACCGGAAGAGGGCGUCACGGACGCGCAGGCGUGCGUACGCGUAGCCAACAUGGAGGCGUCCUGGCACGUUGUAGCAGGGGCGCGCCGGUUAUUGAGGCAGCCGGGGCCUUGGCUAAUUCCACGGAGGCUGCGGCACAAGAAAAAAUGGGCCUCCACAGAGCCAAAGUUCUCCUCUACCCGGCUGGCCCUGCAGAAUUUUGACAUGAACUACAAGGUACAGUUUGGAGACCUGUGGCCCUCCAUCCGGGUCAGUCUCCUCUCAGAGCAGAAGUAUGGGGCCCUGGUCAACAACUUCUCCACGUGGGACAAAACCACCCAUGAGUUAGAGCAGCUCAAGGCCAAAGAUUUUGUGAUGGUGGCACAGCAAAGAAUGCAGAAGCAGGCCUUCCCUGAAGAACCUGGUGCUCCAGUCCUUCCUCCAGAGCUUGAGACACACACACCCCCAGCAGCCUUCUGGCCCUGCAGCCCUAACCUGCGAUGCUACACGUUUCCCAGAGGGGAUGUAAGCCGCUUCCAUCCGUCCAGGGUGGGCAGCCUGGGGGUCCUCGACUACUACCUCAUGGAUGCCUCGUCCUUGCUGCCUGUGUUGGCCCUGGGUGUUCAGCCAGGGGACACUGUCCUUGACCUGUGUGCUGGGCCUGGCGGGAAAACUCUGGCGCUGCUCCUCACCGGCUGCUGCCGCCACCUGGCGGCUAAUGACAUCUCUGGCUCCCGAACCAGGAGAUUGAAGCAAGUUCUACACAGCUAUGUCCCUCAGGACAGGAACCAGGUGCGGGUCACAUCACAGGAUGGCAGAAAGUGGGGAGACCUGGAGAGGAGCACCUAUGACCGGGUGCUGGUGGAUGUGCCCUGUACCACUGACCGGCACUCUGUCCUGGAAGAGGACAAUAACAUCUUCAAGCGCUUGCGGAAAGCUGAGCGCCAGAUGCUGCCUAUGGUGCAGGUGCAGCUCCUGGUGGCUGGCCUCCUUGCUACCAGGCCUGGAGGGGUGGCUGUCUAUUCCACCUGCACCCUCUCCCACCUGCAGAAUGAGUAUGUUGUAGGCGGGGCCAUUGACAUUCUGGCCAAUCAGUACCAGACCGAUGUCCAGGUGGAAGACCUGAGCUGCUUCCGCCACCUCUUCCAGGACACCUUCUCCUUCUUCCCGUCAUGCCGCAUGGGGGAGCUGGUCCUCCCUGUCCUCUGGGCCAACUUCGGACCCAUGUAUUUCUGCAGGCUACGUCGGCUGACUUAGCAGCUCGGCUUCACGAGCCCCCUUCUCCUGCAGAACCUCUGCACAUCUCUAGCAGAGUCCCCAUGGGCACCUGGGAGGGACAGGUGUGCUUUGUCCAAGUGGGCAAGAGAUGACAGGAAAUGGGAGAGCCCAAACACCAACACGGCUCCUUUGCCCUCGCCCUCGCAGGAGCCUCCUGUAGAUGUGGGAGCAGAGGCUGGGCCACAUUUCUCUGUAGCUGGCUCAGUCUCUCCUCAGAGGAGGCUUUUCAUAGUACGGGAUGGAAGGCAGCUCCUUAACCUGCCUUGGCCCACUACCAAGUAUUGCUGGGCUGGAGGGGCAGCUCUUUCAGCCUUUGUUCCCUUAAAGCCCAUCAUGUUGCCUGGCAUACAGUAGGCACUUAAUAAAAGCCUAUCAACUGACUA